UUCGCUUCGCUCCACUGUACUUAUCACCACGAGGCGGGCAAAGGAAUGCGGCCCCGAAUGCUCUGUCCGCCCUUGGCUGCCCGACAGAGCAUGUGUUUAUGCAGCUUUUCAUCACAAUGCUGGGUUUUAAACAAGCGCCCAUUCGUACCGGUCAUCGUCCGAAGCCGACUGCUCAAAACUCUCGAUUGGUUCAAGGUUGGAUGAUAGAAGCUGGGACAUGCCGCCCGUCAUGGUCAUGUUCUCUCAUCGGCAGAUAUAUCAGGAACGAGGCGGGAUUCGACUAGCCUGUAUACGACUCUUGGGCCAUUCGAGAUCGGCCUGGCACUGAGCACCCUGCUCCUCGGAAUCGAGACCCUGCAGACCUUCUACUACUACCGGCGAUAUAAGCGCGAUUCGGCGCAGAUGAAGAUAUUUGUUGGCUUUGUGUGGAUCUGCGGACUGCUUCAGAGCAUCUUUGCGUGGAAUGCCAUGUUCACGAUGACGAUCACAUUCUUUGGAAAUCCAGAGCACGUAGCCGAGCCACCGGUGUCGAUGCUGUACAACAUAAUCGACUCGACGGCGCUCACCCUCUUCGUCCAAGCCUUCUUCUGUCUACGCAUCUACCGACUCUCCCACUCCAAACCACUCGCCAUAUUCUGUUUCGCGCUCAUCUUGAUCCCCACGGGCCUCUACUUCUGGCUCUUCUCGAUGUACUACACGCGCGGCGGCUUCGCCCGCUCGCUCGGCAGCGCGCAGGGACACAAAGUGAUGAUCGCAGCGGCGGCGCUGACGCCCGUGUCGGCGUGCGCGGUCGCGGGGACGCUUUGCUGGUGCUUGUGGCGGAUGAAGGACCCGGACCAGUUCCGGCGCACUCGCUCGGUCGUGGAUCGGAUUAUGCUGUGGACUGUCGGUGCGUGGCCGGACGUCGCCUGGGGACAUUGCUCAUCCGCAGCAAAGAAACCACAUUGGUGACAAGCCUCGCCAGCGUAUUGGAACUCAUCAUGGUUUGAUUGGAUCGCUGAGUCAUGCACAUACAUAAGCUUAACUAUCUUCUACAGAUCGUGGCUCAGCCCCAUAAUAGUCCGUCGAGUCUUCCACUGCUUCGCCUUGGAAACGUUUUCACAAUCUUCAAUCAGUGCUUUGGCUGAUAUUCUUUUUCCUACAUGGAAAACUGCUGACCAACACCCUUGUUGCUUCGUAAGUGGACACUGAUGUCGUGUGCUAUCACCAUCUCACGCCAGCUUCUGGCCCUCAAUAUAGCCUCAAUAGCCGUGAGCGAUUUGGACGCGAGUUUAACGAGCAUGCAUCAGAGCUUCGGACGUCACCCGGACAAACGGCUGUGUCAAACCGACUUGUGCACCUCGCUUCCGAUGUGGUCAGUCUCAGGCUACUCUCUCUCUUUUUCUGCCCCGUGGACGAACGAAACUGAUAAUUUUCUGGUGUGGCGGUUUCAGACGAAGACCAUGUCAGAAGAAUUUGUGUGAUUUAUCAGCUACAAAGUCGUUUAGUUGUCCUGUCCUGCCUGCAACGCAAUGUUCCCUCCAUCGCCGUCCUGAUCGUACAAUCGUCGACUAUGUGAACGUUUCGUUGUCGCUCCCUUGAUUCCUAUCGAAUCUGCCGAGUAGCUGCUUCAUUCAUCACAGUCGAAUCCGGUGGUAACAUUAAUUAUCCGGUCGCGUGAUGGAUCGUCUAAUUGAGCAUUCCCACGGUGGAAUCUUGUGUGCAUGCCUGACCUCACCUCCGGGCGCAUACUUGGAGAUUUGCAAACGCCGAUUUGCAGGUUGACGGUGUCGGUGUCUGUUUCUCUCUUUCAAAGCGCCUACAUCUUCCCGGACUGCAAAGUUAUUUCUAAG